GGGGGACUCGAAUGCCGGUGGCUUUGCCAACCUACAGCAGCUCCCAGAGUUCAGACUCUUUGAUGAGGUCCCUUCGUCCCACAAGGGAUGGAAAGAUAAGUUUUGCUACAUCCGGAUGGCCGAGAAUCCCUUCUCGGCUCCCCUUCGCGACAGCUUCCGCAGGCACGUCAAGGUAGGAAGCGCUGCCUUGGAGAAGAAAGGAAAGAAGCUCUCCAAAAAGCCCGAGGGGUCCGACAAGCAUACCAAGAUCAAGGAUGCUACUCUCCUAGACGAUCUUUAUGAUUUGGGCUUUCGGCGUUAUCGGCUGAUGGGGGAAAGCGAUGAGAGAUAUCCCCCCGUCGAUAGGGUUUACCAAAGCGCCGGAGGUAGUUGAUUCUGCCGAGGGCUCCCGUUCUAUACUUAGAAUAUACUUUCCCUUCUUUUAUUUUUGUUUUCCCUUUUGAUAUUAUGUUCCUAACUCCCCUGCAUUUUCUUUGUUUUUCAGGACCAGACAUGGACGCCCGGAACCUUUCUAAGCUGAAGAAACAGCUGGCAAAGGAGACCAAGAAGAAAGACCCCUCACUGCAACAGAGGGGGUUGGACGAGAUCUACCCGAGGGCGGGUGCAAACGAAGGGGCCCAGGAAAAUGUGCCCAAGGAAAAAAUUGCUGCCGGCGAUGAUGUUGGUUCCAACGCCGAGGGCUCCCCAGUUGAGGCCCUGAAGAGGAAAAGAGCCGGGAAGGCCGUGGCGCCCCCGGAGGGGAAAAAGCAGAAGAAGAAGGGGGGGGGGGCGACCCGAAAGGGGCCCCGGUUGUCAUCGUGGAGGAACAUUCCUCCCCCGAGCUCCCUGCCCAGGCCUCCGGCCUGGUAUGGCCUCAAGACAAUGUGCAGUUCUCCAUCACCAAGGGGACUGCCAUUAUGCAUGCCACGCUGAACCCGAGGGAGUUCCUGAGGGGGGGCCACCACCCCCCCACCCGACGGAUAAAUCCGUGCUCUCCUGGCAAACCGACGACGCCCUCUGGUCCAAGGUCCUUCAGGCCUCGGUUACCGUAAGUUCCCCUUUCCUUCUUCCUUUUCCUCCUGUUCCCUUCCUCCCCCUUUUUGCACUGUGGUUCUAAACCUUGGUGAUUCGUGAUCUCUUUUGUAGGCAAGCCUCGGCCUCGGGGAACUCAUUCAGCGGAUGGAGCGCUAUGCCCUUCAAAAGUAGAAGGAUGACGAGUCCUUGGCCGCGGCCCAAAGGCGGCUCCGGGAGGCAGAGGAGACUUCCAAGGUGGAGAGGGCGGCUUUCGAGAAACUCCUCGAGAAUGCCAAGGUCCUGGCGAAAGCCGAGGGGAGGGCCGAAGCGGAGAAAGCAGCUGCUGAGGCCGCCCAGAAGGCUGCCGAAGAUGUUGAGACUGCCAAGAAGGAGGCAGUGGGGGAAGCGGGUGGCAGCCUUCAUCGCCGAGGGGUGGAAGGCCGAGGCCCAGAGGGCGUGGGUGGCCACGGUUGUUGAGUCCUCUGUGGAGGAAUGGGUGAAAGGCCCCGGGGCAAUGUGGCUGGCCCAGAAGGGGAAGGAAUACUAUGACGGGGGCGAGUACUUCACUCAAGCUCUCAUCUACCGAAGGCUGGCCAGGCACCUGGGGGCAGAUCCGUCGGCGUUUGACCCUGCGACUUAUGGGCUCCCCCCUCUUCAACCGGGCACCAGGGUUCCCCUUCCCGAGGGCACCAGCAGGCCAGAUCUUGAGGACACUGUCCUGAUGGCUGAAUUUAGCGAUGAAGAAGAAGAUGCCGAGGGGGACGCUACGUCGAAGCCGGCCGACGGGGGUGAUGCUGCUGCUGCUGACGAUGUAGUCAUCGUGUAAUACUUAGAAAUUUUUUUGAACAAUCCUGUCUAGCUAUCACUUGUAUGCUCUCGGCUUCGGCCACUAUGUAAUGUAUAUUUUGAAUUUCCUUUCAUCGGAUGAAUGAGCACAUAUGCCUUUGGGCUUUUGGUAUAUAACUUGUCCUCUUUAAUUUAUUUCUUCUCGAAUGUAUGCCGUCGUUCUUGUUUUUUUUUGAAUGUAUGCCUUCGCCCUUCUUUGAAUGUAUGCCUUCGCUUGUCUGAAUGUAUGUUUAGGACUUAGAAUAUAUUCUUCCAAGUAUAGUCAGUUGAACCUUUCACCGAGGGCACAAUGUUCUGGACUUAGAAAAUAUUUCUAAGUGUUUGUUCAUCUGUUGGCCCCCGGCUAAUCCUUCCCUCUGGUAGUAUGUAGCCUUCACGAGAUGACCGGAGGUGAGGUGUUUAGGACUUAGAAAAUUUUUCUAAGUGUUUGAAUACAGUUUUAGCCUUUGGUAGUUGGGCACCCUUCGCUGAAUAUAUGACCGAGGGCCCAGCAAUAGUUAGGACUUAGAAAAUAUUUCUAAGUGUAGUCCUACCAAGCCUUCAAUCGUGUGACCCCUCGGGUUGCAGGGAGAUUCGAGACUUAGAAACUUGUCACCGAGGGUAAGAACUUUUGGGACUUAGAAAUAUUUCUAAGUGUAGCAUGUAUGAAGUAGGAGCCCUCGGGCAGCAUGGAGAUUUGACCGAGGGUCAAAGUAUGUAGGACUUAAAAAAAUUUUCUAAGUAUAGCUUCACCAAGUCUUCAACCGCAUGGCCCCUCGGGCAGCAUGGAGAUUUGACCGAAGGCCAAAAUAUGUAGGACUUAGAAAAUACUUCUAAGUGUAGUAUGUGUGAAGUAGGGGCCUUCGGGUGACUGUGAGGGCCUUGUCUCAGAUACGCCUUCGGUUGACCGAUGGCUCCACAAGGGGCAAAGCAUUUAGGGCUUAGACUAUUUUUUCCAAGUAUUUCUUACCGCUGGCCUUCGGGAGGACCCUUCGGCUGUAUACGUUGUAGGUUCAGGAUAGUUUCCUUUGAUUUGCAAUGUUGGGCUAUGGUAACAAAAGCCUUCGGUUGUUUGUCAUAUGGUGCCCUUCGGUGAUUUUUGAGUUGUUUGGGCCUUCGGUUUUAGGUAUAGCCGGAGGAAAUCCUUGAGUGGACUUAGCCAUUCGUUGAUGAUGUCUGUUGUGAGCGGUAUCCUUUGUACUUGUGAACUUCCAAGGUACCGAAGGUGUUCCCGUGGGGAGCCCUCGGUAUGUUUUUGUAAAUUGUUGGAGUGAUGUACUCCUUGAUUUCUCACCGAGUCUACUCCCCUUCACCACCUUUUUUUUUAGUAGUGAAGGGAAGGCUUCAAGAAACUUUGUUUCUUGGUAAGGCUUGGCCUAUCGGGAGGUAACAGAAUACACCAUUAGCUCCCCCCUCGUGUUGACUUUCCGAGUUCCGAGGGGAUCGAGGGUCGUUUCCUGGGCACAAGAUAUGGUGGUCCGUAGCCUGCCUCCCCUUGGGGGAUGGCGCGGAAAGCGCCUCAGUUUUGAAAGUCGUCCCAUCGGCGCUAGACAUAGUCUGUGGCCUGCCACACCCUUGGGGUGGUGGCGCGGGGAGCGUUUCGGUUUGGAAGUCGAAUCCUGGGCAUUUCUCGUGCCUGUCAUACCCUUGGGGUGGUGACGCGGAAAGCGUUCCGUUUUUGAAAGUCGAAUCCUGGGCAUUUCUCAUGCCUGUCAUACCCUUGGGGUGAUGACGCGGAAAGCGUUUCAGGGAAGGGUUUUCAUUUGCACACUGGUUGCAAAUGGCCGGGUGCACUACGUGCUGCCGGCACCGAUAGGUGGCGCCUUCGGUAUAGGCGUCCUCGAGGGGUACGGCUUAGAAACAACACUUGGUGUUUGUUCCGAUGUGUGGCCCCGGCACUUGGUACCGAGGGGUCUUCUGUAAAAACACUUGGUGUUUUUCCUUCACUUGUCGUAGGGGAUUGUGGUGUCCACCCUUGGUACUUAGUACCGAGGGGUCUUCUGUGAAAACACUUGGUGUUUCCUCCCAUUUGUUGAAGGUGAUUGUGUUGUCUACCCUCGGUAUUGGGUACCGAGGGGUCUUCUGUGGGAACACUUGGUGUUUCCUCCCAUUGGUUGAGAGUUGAUAGUGGUUUACCCCCCCCCCCCCCCCCGGCACCAGGUGCCGAGGGGUCUUCUUUUGAGGACGGGUGGUGCUUUGUUGCAGGUGAUAGUAUUGUCUACCCUCGGCACUUGGUGCCGAGGGUUCUUCUAUUGUGGUGAGGCCUUGGGCCUGGGGUGAUAUGAGGGCUUGGCCCUUGUGAUAAUCUCGUUCCGUGUUCCCGAUGUCUUCAAAAUGCCUUCAUUCUUCAUAACUCUUAGGUCUUGGGCCGUAAAAUGAUACAUUCACUAGUUAUGAGGGCUUGGCCGCUCUGAUGUUAUUGAUAAAAUUUAACUAAGUGAUGUACAUUCCAGUGCCUAGGGACUUCAGCCCCGUUAGGGCGUUUUAAUUUGUAAGUUCCCGGUUUGAUGAUGGCUGCCACGAUGUAGGGGUCCUCGAACUUUGGUGCCAUCUUUCCGCCCUCGAUUGGUUGGCUAGCUUCCCUUCUUCUGAGAACAUAGUCCCCCACUUGGAAUUCCCGGGAGCGAACCUUGGCAUCAAUGUAACUUUUCACUUGCCUUCGGUAGUUCUCUGCGCGUAUGAAGGCUUGCUCCCGGCGUUCUGAAAUAAGGUGGAGAUCGAGGGCCAUGUUGGUGUCGUUGGCCUCCGGAUCAUACUGCGUGACCCUUCGGGUUGGGAGAGUUACUUCAGUAUGGGCUUUGGCUUCAAAUCCGUAGCAAAGGGAGAAGGGUGUCUCGCCAGUUGCCCGCCGAGGGGUGGUACGGUAGGCCCAUAAGAUGUUGUGGAGCUCUUCCACCCAACCACCUCCUUCGGCCUCCAGCUUCUUCUUUAGGCCCUCAAGCAGGGUCCUGUUGGCGUUUUCCACCUGACCGUUACCCUGAGGGUAAGCGACGGAUGAGAAGGUGUGUUUGAUGCCCCACGCCUCUAGGAGGGCACAGAAGGGGGCUGUCGCGAAUUGAGUCCCGUUGUCGGAGAUGAUUUGCUGAGGGACGCCAAACCUGGUGAGGAUGUUUUUGAGAACAAAAUGGCGGCACCUGGCCUCAGUGAUGCUGGCGAGGGGCUCCGCUUCCACCCAUUUGGUGAAGUAAUCGAUGGCGACGAUGAUGUACCUGUUGUUGGAGGUACCCCUCGACAGAGGGCCCACAAGGUCUAUGCCCCAUCGAGCGAAAGGUAUGGAUGUGCUGAUGGGGGCAUAGUUGACCGCUGGCCUGCCGGGGGCUUUCUGGAAGUGCUGGCAUGCGGGACACCUCCGGGCAAGGUCCGCACAAUCCCAGGCCAUUGUAGGCCAGAAGUAGCCCUGGAUUAUCAGCCUUCGGGACAUGGAGAAGGGUCCCUGGUGAGCAGAGCAAGUCCCACUGUGCAUUUCCUCCAUUGCUACUUCGGCUUCAUCUCGAUGAAGGCACCGAAGUAAUGUCCCGUUGUAGGAUCUUUUGUAAAGCCUUCCGUCCUCGAUAACGUAGCUGAGAGCCCUCAGUUUUGUCAGUUUGGCGCGGGACUCCUCCUCGGGCAGUUGCCCUAUGGUGAUGAAGGCAACAAUAUCUGAGAUCCAGUCCUCCUGUCUUUGUUGUAUAUUCAUGACGGGGCUAGCAUGUAUGCUAGAGAGGCUGAGUUCUUCUACCUUGGCAAUCUUCGAGAUAUGCUCAGGGGAUUCUGCCGAGAGUUUUGAUAAAAUGUCGGCCUCAGAGUUUUGAGCCCUCAGUAUUUGAGUAAGAGAGUGUGCCUCAAAUACCUUAAGCAACUCCUUGGCCGCCUCCUUGUAUUGCUUCAUUCUCCCUUCCUUGGCCUCGUACUCCCCGGAGAUUUGUCCGACGACUAACUUGGAGUCGCAUUUGACGUGGAUCUGCCGGGCCCUCAUGUUAGCUGCCAGCCGAAGGCCACAGAGGAGGGCUUCGUAUUUGACUUCUUUGUUGGAGACUUUGAAGGAGAAACGGACCGCAUAAUAGGCCCGGAAGCCCUCGGGUGAGAUGAGAACCACCCCUCCUCCGCAUGCCUUGAUGGCGGAGGAGCCGUCGGUGUAGAGGGUCCACCAGUCAUCUGAAGGGGCCGAGGGCUCCUCGUCCGUGGCUGCCUUUGCCGUGCACUCCGUCACGAAGUCCGCUAGGGCUUGGCCCUUGAUGGCGGGCCUAGGACGGAUGUCGAUGUUGUAUUGGCUCAAAAGAGAGCCCAUUUUACCAUUCGGGAGGAGCUAGUGGGGCUCCUCAUCAAGGCGCCGAGAGGUUGGUGAGUGAGGACCUGGACUGGGUGAGCCUGGAAGUAAUGACCCAACUUCUUGACGGUCCACACGAUAGCCAACACCGUUUUUUCCACGGGGGAGUACCGGAGUUCUGCCUCCCUGAGGGUCUUGCUAACAUAGAAGAUGGCAUGCUGGAUGCUAUCCUCUUCCCAGAUGAGUACUGAGCUGAUGGCAGCCGGGCUAACACCCAAGUAGAGGUACAGGAUCUCCCCUACCUUGGGUUUAGAGAGCACAGGGGGUGAAGAUAAGUACCGUUUCAGCUCCUCGAAUACCCCCUGACAUUCUGAAGUCCAUUGGAAACCGGCGGUUUUCCUCAUGAUCUGGAAGAAGGGUAAGGACUUCUCCGCCGAUUUUGAUAAGAAGCGAUUGAGGGCUGCCAGGCGGCCUGUCAAUCGUUGGACCUCUUUUACGUUGCGUGGGGGCUCCAUGUUGACGAUGGCCUGGAUUUUCUCGGGGUUGGCCUCGAUACCCCUUCGGCUCACCAUGUAGCCCAAGAAUUUGCCCCCCUGGACGCCGAAGGUGCACUUUUUUGGGUUCAGCCGAAGGCUAAACUUCUGCAUGAUGGCGAAGAUCUCCCUCAGGUCGUCAGCAUGGUUUGCUGACUGCUUGCUUUUGACGAUCAUAUCGUCAACAUAUGCCUCCAUGGUGCGCCCUAGGAUAGCUUGAAAUACCCUGGCCACCAUCCGAGUGUAGGUGGCGCCUGAGUUCUUUAGGCCGAAUGCCAUGACAAGGUAGCAGAAGAUGCCCUCGGGAGUCAUGAAGGCUGUUUUUUCAGCGUCCUCCUCAUGUAUGUAUAUUUGAUGAUAUCCGCGGAAUGCGUCGAGGAAUGACAUGAUUUCACACCCGGGACGAAAUCAUUGCGGCCCUCCAGCGCCGGCUUGACGAGAUGGAGGCCACCAAAGCCCACGCCACCACUUCUGCCCCUCAUAAAAAAUAGAUCAACUUAUUAGAAAUUUAAAAAACGAGUGCAUAAUUUUCAGGGACCGUGUAGAGAGCACUGUUGGCAGAUCUCUCCGGCGGGAGGGAGAGGAGAAUGAGGACGGCGAACGCCUUGUUUUCCUUCUUCAUGGUGGUCGGAAAUGUUCUGGGCUACGCCGCCGGCUCAUGCUCCCGCCUCUACAAGAUAUUUCCAUUCCCCAAGACAACAGCUUGCGACAUCUACUGUGCAAACCUCAAGAGCUGCUUCUUCAUCUCCGUGACUCUCUUACUCUCAAUAACAACGGUGUCCAUAGCAACCGUCACGGAGAAGGAGCUGCCGGGGAUACAAGAUGACGACGACGACGGCACCGAGAGGGGGGGGGACGGAGAAAGAGGCGGGGGAAGGUGGUCCCAUUCUUCGGCGAGCUCCUCGGGGCAUUUAAGGACCUCCCGAGGCCAAUGUGGAUCCUCCUCCUGGUCACGUGCCUCAACUGGCUCGCCUGGUUCCCGUUCUUGUUGUACGACACCGAUUGGAUGGCGAAGGAGGUGUACGGUGGAAAGGUCGGCGACGGUGGCCUGUACGACCGCAGAGUGCACGCCGGCUCCCUCGGCCUCUUGCUCAACUCCAUCGUUCUCAGUUUCAUGUCGCUCGGGUUGGAGCUUUUGGCUCACCGAGUCGGCCGGGUCAACAAGCUGUGGGGCGGCGGAAACUUCAUUUUGGUGAUAUGCUUGGGGAUGACAGUUUUGGUAACAAAACUGGCGAAGAAGACGGAGAGGCACGGCGUUCACGGCCAACACCUUGGGCCUACCGGCGGUGUUAAAGUUGGAGCUUUGUAAUAGAAUUAUUAGAGGCUUAGUAUUGUACUUUACAUUAAACUCUCUUUAAUAUAAAUAUAUCUGUCAGGGCUCCUCAGGGAGUAACCUUUCCCAUUAUUUCACAUGGUAUCAGAGCCCUAAAUUUUCUCUCUCCUAAAACCCUCUUUCCGCUCAAUGACUUCCGCCGAGGGUCUGCACGCCUCUACCGCAGAGUCCACCGUGGCACCUUCUUCCUCAAUCACGGUGCCGGUCCACCCUGCCUCCACCGACGCAGCCAUAACCAACGCUGCCUUCUCCGUAACAGCGCCGCCACAGAUGUUCUCUUCUCAGUCGGGACCGAGUAUCCCCAACGCUGCCGACUCCCUGUUUCCUCUGGCGUUUCCAUGGCAGCCGCCUACCAUGCCGACUAUCCCAGGGCUCUUCUCGCCACCCUUCUCGGCUGGAUCAUCAUUUUCCGGUCCCACUUUUGUCGGCUCACAUGGUGUUUCCUCUGUCUUCCCUCCCUCUCGCACACCAGCAGUCAGCCCGACCGGUUCACUCCUCAUGGAUCUGGCCCAAAGUAUCUCUCAUGUGGCAACUAAUGUCACAAAUAUUGUGACUACCAAAUUUUUAGCGGUAGAAGACUACACUACCUGGCGCACACAGUUUGAAUCAUUUUUGGUGUCCCAAGCUCUCCUUGGCAUGGCCUCAUGGAUCUGGCCCAAAGUACCUCCAUAGAUGCUCUUAACCGUCAGACUCUCAAUCCCGAAUUUUCUACUUGGUUGCGAAUUGAUCAAACCAUCCGUUCAUGGUUAUUUGCAACACUGUCUAGGGAUGUUCUUAUCGAUGUACGUGAUUUAAAACAUUCAUAUGAAAUUUGGGAGCGAUUGGAGUCUCGGUUUAUGUCUGCCAGUUUAGCGAGAUCUAUGGAAUUAAAGCGUUUAUUUAAUCAAAUUAAAAAGAAACCUGAUCAAUCCAUGGAUAAUUAUUUGCGAGAAAUUAAAACAUUAGCUGAUGAUCUUGCCACAAUCAACUGCCCUGUGCCUCAGCGUGAAAUUUUAAAAACUACUAUUAUGGGACUAGGACCUGAGUAUGAAUCUUUAUUCACUGUUGUGUCUUUAUUUGGACAAAAUUUCCCGUUUGAGACUCUCCGUAAUCAUCUUCUUGAGUUAGAGCAUAGGAUCCUGUAUCUCCGCUCCCAGGAGUCCCAGUCCCUUCAUCAGGCGUUUGGUGCAGCUGUUUCUUCUCCCAGACAGCCGUCUGGGCAGCAGUCGACUCAGCAGCAUUCAGGAUCCACGCACCCGGUUGGGUAGCAGUCUUACCCGGUCGGGCAACCUUCGCAGUACGGCGCACCACAGCGCGGUCGAGGACGUGGGCGCGGCAGAGGCCGCGGAGGCAGAGGGUGUGGCCGAGGACAGCAACAACAGGCAUAUUGGUUCCCCUAGGGACAGCCAGUUUAUUACCCCGGAGGGGGUGGGCAGCCGAGUACACCUGCAGGGGGUGUGACAUCUACGGGCUUGCCAUCAGACGGGGGUAUUCUCGGAUCUGUUCCCCAUCUUGUUGUCUGUCAAAUUUGUUUUUCUGCAGGUCAUUCUGCCAUUAACUGUCCUUCUCGUUUCACACAACCGACGUCUCCUGCUCUGUUGACUACUUCCGGUGACACUACUCCUGCUCUAUGGUUUCCUGAUUCAGGAGCUUCUGCUCAUAUGACUGCAUCUGAAGGACAAAGCAACGGGGGCAAUACUUCUGCGAGCUACCAGUAGCGGGCCACUUUAUCCUCUCCAUCUGCCGUCAUCAUAACCAUUAGUUUUUGCUUCCAUUUUAGCUUCUGGCCCUGUGUGGCACUGUAGAUUAGGUCACUGUGGUGAUAGUACUUUACAGUUUCUUAAGUGAAAACAAUUUUUAUGUAGUCAUACUCCCUUUACUCAUGAGUGUGUGGCUUGUCGUUUAGGAAAAUCACAACGUUUGCCUUUUAUGGAUGCUAGUCAUAAUUCUGUUUUUCCUUUGGAAAUUAUUCAUUCUGAUGUGUGGCAGUCACCUGUGUAUUCAAAUUUGGGAUUCAAGUAUUAUGUAUGUUUCAUUGAUGAUUUUUCUCGUUAUACUUGGAUAUAUCCCAUGUGUCACAAAAAUGAAGUUUUCAUGCACUUUAAAAAUUUUAAAGCUUUGGUUGAAAAUCUUUUUAAUCAGAAAAUUAAAAUUUUUCAAAGUGAUGGGGGAGGUGAAUUUGUUAAUAAUAACA